AAUUAACCUCCGCGCACGCGCACGCACGGGGGACAUCAGGUGCAGGUGCGUGGACCCGCACCCCACGCAGCUGAGCGAGCCCACGGUUGAUGACGGGACGUCGGCGCAUUUGGACGCAAAAGCAACAGCGGGCGGAGAAAGGGGGCUUCUUUUUGAGAGUGCGUGGGGGGUUUUUUUUUUUUUUUUUGGUAACCCCCUCCGCCACCUUACCUUCACUCCACUCAUCUCCACGGGACAACGUGCACGCCGGAGUGGGAGCCCGCCCGCCCCCGCCUUAUCCCUUCACCCAAUUAAAUACUGAAAUGAGGACCUCAUCUCGGCAGGGUUUAUUUGUAAAACAUAUUUAAAAAAAAAAAAAAAAAGAAGAAGACGAGGUGAUCUGGGCGCCCUCCUCUCCGGUUAUUUUCAAGGACGCCGACCGAGAGAUUAAAAAAAAAAAAAUAAUCAAAUUGAAGGGAAUCAAAGUGGCCGACGGGAGGAGGAAGGAGCCAUGGAGCGGGACGACAGCGUGAAGGCGCCCGAGAAGAAGAAGAAGAGGAGCAUCAUGGCGAAGAUCUUUAAAGUUCGCAAAAGGAGGGAGAUGCUCUUUGUACAGGUGUGCUUCAUCUGCAGUGCCCUCUUCGUGGCGUGGACCAUGUCGGCGCUGCUGACCAAAACAGGCCACGGCAUGAUAAUGGAGGACCAUCCCGACCCGGAGCGCUGGGGAAGGCGGCUGAUGGCGUCGGCGGCUGAAAAUGAAACUGAGCCUAAGAACUGUUCAGCACCAGCAAUACACGAGUUCCCCGAUGACCUUUUCACCAACAACGAGCGAAAGAACGGCGCCAUCCUGCUGCACAUUGUGGCGGCCCUCUACAUGUUCUUGGCCCUCGCCAUCACGUGCGACGAGUAUUUCGUCACGUCCCUGGAGAAGAUAUGUGAGAAACUCCAUCUGAGUGAAGACGUCGCCGGUGCCACCUUCAUGGCAGCUGGCAGCUCCGCUCCCGAGCUUUUUGCCUCAGUCAUCGGUGUCUUCAUCACCCAUGGCGACGUGGGGGUGGGAACCAUCGUUGGCUCAGCAGUCUUCAACAUCCUUUGCAUCAUCGGCGUCUGUGGCAUCUUCGCGGGACAGGUGGUGAUGCUGACCUGGUGGGCGGUUUUCCGUGAUUCCUUCUAUUACAUCCUGUCCGUCAUUGCUCUGAUCGCGUUCAUCUAUGAUGAGAAGAUUGUAUGGUGGGAGAGUUUAGUGCUGGUGGUCAUGUAUGCAGGAUACAUUCUGGUCAUGAAAUUCAACUCCAGCAUGCAGGCUUUCUUCAUGGGGAGCUCCAAGAAGAACGUGGCCAACGGUAACGCGGCGACCAGCAGCGAGAUGGAGGACGUGAAGCCCACUAAAGCUUACAGCCGUGGCUCGGUGGUGAUGGUGGACGAGAUCAUGAACGCCAGCCCGUCCAAGUUCCGCUUCCCCGAAGCCGGCCUUCGGGUCAUGGUCACCAGCCACUUUGGACCCAAGACCCGGCUGCGCAUGGCGAGCCGCCUCAUCAUCACAGAGCGCCAGAAGUUGGUCCAGGCGGCCAACGGCGUGGAGACGCAAGUGAUCGACGGGAAGGUGGACAUCGAGAACGGCAACGUGCCAGAGGACAAACCUGCCGAGGAGGAGGAAGAGAGCGGCAUCUCCCCGUUUGGUAUUCCGAAGGGAUGCGGCAACAAGAUCAAGUGGCUGAUCUCAUGGCCUCUGCUCCUCUUGCUCUUCCUCACUGUCCCAAACUGUGGAAAGCCACGCUGGGAGAGGUGCUUCAUGGUCUCCUUCAUCCUCUCGACGGUCUGGAUCGCAGUCUUCUCCUACCUGAUGGUCUGGAUGGUGACUAUAAUUGGCUACACCCUGGGAAUCCCCGACGUCAUCAUGGGUAUCACCUUCCUGGCAGCGGGCACCAGCGUCCCCGACUGCAUCGCCAGCCUCAUCGUGGCCCGCCAAGGUUUGGGAGACAUGGCCGUGUCCAACACCAUCGGAAGCAACGUGUUUGACAUUCUGGUGGGACUGGGCGUCCCCUGGGCGCUCCAAACCAUGUGUGUUAACUACGGAUCGGAGGUGAUGAUCAACAGUCGAGGACUCGUGUAUUCCGUGGUGCUUCUGCUGGGUUCCGUGGCCCUCACAGUCCUGGGCAUUCACCUGAACAAAUGGCGCUUGGACCUGAAGCUGGGCAUCUACGUUCUGGUCCUGUACGCGGUCUUCCUCUGCAUCUCGGUCAUGAUCGAGUACAACGUGUUCACCUUCGUGAAUUUGCCCAUGUGCUUCGAGGAGUAACUCUCGUCUGGCCGUGCAGCAGCAUGGACACCAAAACAAUCCCCCCGCCUGUCCCAAAAAUACUGGACCUAUCUCUUUUUUUUUUUUUUUUUUUUUUCGUCACUCUGAAUCCGUUCAUCCACUGUCUGUCCACGAGGUGGCACACUUGAGCCAAUCCGACUCUCGAUGCUCAUUUGGAGUCUUGUCGCAGUACUGCUGUCCACCUGUGACUGUGUCCCAUCCAUUUAGCAUGCCUUUAGCUGUCUGAGGUAGUGGGACACACACACACACACACACACCAGAAUAAUAUUGACCCCGCCCCAUUUGGCACCACAUUGUGACUAUUUCACAUUGACAAAAUCCUCACACGGUUUACUGCGAACUCCAGGACCCAAAGAAACAAGCACACUUUUUUUUGUGACCCCCCCCCCCCCCUCUUUUUGGAGAGAGGGCCUUGUCUUUGGCAGCUCCCCUCCUCCAGCCUCCGACAUGACACCAGGAACUAAACACCGCCCGCAAAGUUUUCUCACCUAACUUCGAAAAAUCCGACUUUUUCUGGACCGCGUGGGAAGCAUCAGUCCAAACUGGGUGAACUUUUGAGGUGUUAUGCAUAUGCACUGCUCACCCGUUUUAUGUUCUGUUUGCAUUUAUAUAUUUUCUCACCCCCCCCCCCACCCACGAAUCCCUACAUCUUUUGUGGAAAACAAAGGGGGCGACGGUGUUUGCGAUUUUUCUUUCACUCCGAACAACUUUGUACGCGAGACCGCUUCUUCUCGUGCCGGACGGAGAUUCUUGAGCGGGUGCCGCCUGGGCGCCGCGUCCCCUCAGCUUGCGAGUCAACCACCCCUUCACCGCCCGACGCACAACUUCUGUGGAGCCGACUCUGGAUCAGUACGACGAAUUUGUAUUCGAUCAACUUUUGAGACUAAGGAACUAGACGUCUCUCUUCUCCCUGACUGUCUGCUAGACCACCCCACUGGCCACUUGGGGGCGCCAACAGCCACCGUUGAUCAGGGACAGGUUUUUUUUUUUUUUUUUUUUUUUGGGGCGGUUGUCGUGUUGAUGUGAGUUGUAUGUAGAUACUGCACUUUAACAGCCAUCCUCUCAUUCCAAAUCAACUAGUGCUUCCUUUUGGUGCGUGUGUGUGUGUGUGUGUGUGUGUGCGAGCGCGCAUGUCAACCGACUGAAGCCCGGUGAAUCCAAUGAGCACACCCGCCUCUUGUCCGCAGUGCAUGCUGGGAUGUUAAAUGCAGUAUUUCCCCACCACCAUCACCCCCCCCCUCUCCUGUUGAAGCACAGCGUUAAGGCUGCUACCCCCCCCCCGUCAGGCAUCUCCACGGCAACUGUCGGGAUUGGUUUUACACAGACAAAAAAAAAAAGUUGAAAAAUCGGCAGCUACGUUGCAAACCGUUGCAAAAAUCGCAAGCGAUGAGCCGAGCUACGGAGAAUUGCGGCAAAAAGCGGCGUCGGUCCGGGGUGGGAUUUUUCUCGUGCCGCACGUGGCGGCAGGCACUUGUAUAUGCAAUUUCAAUGUCAUGACUUUGUGUGUGUGUGUUUGCGUGUGACACGAGGCCCCCGCCACGUCGCCAUGAUGUCGUCGUCCGUCUAGUACUAAAUGUGAGCUCACAGGUGUGCUUUUUUUUUUUUUUUUUUUUUUUUUUUUUUUUUUUUUGCAUUUAUGAUUGCUGUUGAAACGAUGGACAGUCCCCUUUUCAACAGAGCCAAAAGAGUAACUUUUUGUUGUUGUUUUUCUUGGGACUGCCACUUUAAGAGAACCUGGUGGGGAGCACUUAAGGACAAAGUUGGACCCCCUCCUUAAGGUGCUUCUCCACGUCAAUGCCGGAUGGAGAUGACCCAUCUGUACAUAAACCUUUUUUUUUUUUCUGUCUGGAAGCAGCACUGCACUCUUUACGUCCAUAUGCACAUUUUCAUUUUUCUUCUCCUCCUCGAGGCUGCUUUUCGCGGUUGCCAAGUUGGAGCUUUGUCGUCCGGUUGCGGUUGAGCUUGCCCGUGUCGGAAAGUCUUUAUUUUUCUGAAGGAAAGUGAAUUAUUUGAUGCAGACCGGGUGGAUGUCCUUGCGUACAAAACUAUCACGCAAAGGUGAUGAGAAGAC